CGCUUCUUGACACGAGGUGGUUGAACGUAUGUGUCAAGGCAGAUUUUAUUGAGUAUUUUAUUACGUGACUGAUUUUUACUUCUUGUGCUUCACAUUCUUGGAGAUACUGUGUAUUUAGGUUUUAAAUAUACCUGUUGAGUGACUCCAUGACAAUGAUUUCACUUUGCAUCAUGUUAUAUCAGGAACAUUUUCCUGCAACAUAUUUAAAGUAGAGUUUUCAGGAUUUUUUGAGGAAGGCUGGUUUGAAAUGAACAUAAGAUGCACCACUUCUCGGUUCUUGUGUCCUGAACUGUUUGUGCAAUCCCAUGUUCCGUGAUGAGGACAGUUCAUGACACCGGGGCUUCAGACAUGUGAUCAACCAAAUCUCCAAUUUGCGCGUGUUAAAAGUAAAGCUAAGGUUUACAGCAAGCUAAACAUACACCAGGAACUGGACAGUGAUGGCAUAACAAUUUACAUGAUAACGUUUCUAUAAUUUCGACUCACUAACAGCAUUUUAAUUUUAAUGAAUGUGAACGGCAGAGAAUGCAAAAAAAUUAAGUUGGAAUCAAGUUUUAGUAGGAAUGGAUAUGGGAGAAACAGUAAGUUCGUUUAUGUCAUUUUUUGAUCCAGUCCAACGUUAAAGGCGGCGGCAAUGCACUAGUUUGCAAACCUCCAUUCACACAGCAAGAGAAAAAGAGACACAUCGUUCCCACUGUUUCUCGUCGGACCUAUUUUGGUAACGCGCCUGCGGUGUCGGUACAUGGAUACAGCUGCAUUCGGUUUCUCAGGUUUGCAGCUUCUGACUCCAGUGAGCUGUCCCAGAAACUAAAAGAUGUUGUACCACGUAGUGUUAAUACCUCCAGUUUAUCACAUAUGAAUUUAAAGCAGCAAGCGUCUCGAAUGACGGGAGAGCAAGCGGCUAAUGUGACAGAAAACAACAGACUGGAGCAUGGUGCCACUAAAGCGAAGAAGGGUCGUGAAGUCUCGUCCUGGCGACAAAGGCCCGAACAAGUUUCCUUUGGUUGUUUUAUUCCUGUUGGAAAGAAAGAUGGGAGCCAGUCGCAGAGUUUUCCUCUCUCAGCUCGGGAGGAAGAAAGGAUUUCAGGUGGAGGACACCUUUAGCGAUGGUGUCACACACGUCAUCUCUGAAAACAACUGUGGUGCUGAGGUGAGGACGUGGCUGGACUCGCAGCACCAAGGCCAAGGCCGAGCACAGCCUUGUCUUCUGGACAUCAGCUGGUACACGGAGAGCAUGCGAGCGGGGCGACCGGUCCCGAUCCUGGACCGACACCAGCUACAGGAGCAGCAGACAGAAGAGGCAGAUGUGAUGCUGUUGUCAGUCCCCAGUUACGCCUGCCAGAGAAAAACCACACUUCAAAACCACAACAGCGUCUUCACCGACGCGCUGACGCUCCUCGCUGAAAAUGCUGAGAUGGAGGACGAGGACGGCCGUGGCGUGGCCUUCCGACGAGCCGCCGCCGUAUUGAAGGCGCUGCCUAAAGCAGUGACGAGCAUGAAGCAGCUGAACGGGCUGCCAUGUCUCGGAGAUCACUGUCAGAGAGUUAUAAGAGACAUUUUAGAGAAUGGAAUCUCAAGUGAAGCUGAGGCUACCAGACAGUCUGAGCGGUACAAUGCCCUGAAGGCUUUGACGGGAAUAUUCGGUGUCGGAGCGAAAACAGCCGACCGAUGGAUCCGAGAUGGGAUUCGCUCUGUUGCAAUGUUGCGGGACUCCGGUCACGCGCUCAAUCGAGCGCAGCUCGCAGGCUUGCAGUACUACGACGACAUCAACCAGCCCGUCACCAGAGCGGAGGCGGACGCCAUCGGUGACAUCGUGGAGAGAGCCGUGGCUUCGGUUCUGCCCGGGGCCCAGAUCAGUCUGACGGGAGGAUUCAGGAGAGGAAAGCUGACUGGUCACGACGUGGACUUCCUGAUAACCCACCCAGAGGAAGGCCGAGAGGAGGGACUGAUGCCCAAGGUGGUGUCCUGGUUGGACUCACAGGGUUUCCUGUUGUACCAGAAAACCAUGAGGAACUCUUACCUGGAGUCCAAGGACGGCCCCGCUCGUCCUCCCUCCAGCAUGGACCGCUUUGAGAGGUGCUUCUCUAUCUUCAAACUGACCACGGAGCAGAAGCAGGAAGCGCUAACAGCAGAGGCACCAACAGAAAGCCAACAUCCAGAGUCACAGAUGAAAUGUGGGGAGCUGAAAGAGACAGGACACGCUGGACACAAACCCUGGAGAGCCGUGAGAGUGGACCUAGUGGUUUCUCCCAUCAGCCAAUUUGCCUUCGCUCUGCUGGGCUGGACGGGAUCAAAGUUAUUUGAGAGGGAGCUGCGGCGGUGGGCGGGAUACGAGAAGGCCAUGUCUCUGAGCAGCCACGCCCUGUACGACAACGUCCAGAAGCGAUACCUCAGAGCCGCGUCGGAGCAGGAGAUCUUUGCUCACCUUGGUCUCGAGUACAUUCCGCCUGCAGAGAGAAACGCUUGAUGACGAGACCGGAGCGUGUCCAGCUGGAGGUUUUACUGCUGCACUGACUUUCUUUUAAAUUAUUUCUGAAUUGUUCUGAAUUUUACACAAGGAAGUGAAUAUGUUCUGCAGGGAAACGUCACACACCUGCACCGUGUGCUUUCCUGUAGUUGUUCAACUUUGUCACACCUGUGAACCACUGACCUCUUUACUACCACUUUCAUCUGCUGGAAAGAAAACCACAGACACCAACCUCAAUAACAGACGCUGACUCUGUAGAUGGUGUAGAAAUCCUGUGUUUUGGAGUCUAGACAACAGAAACAGACUGUUUAACCAGCACCAACCAGUCACAGAGACCUGUUUUCUAUAUUUUACACUUUUUCACCGCCACUGCAUCCAAAGCAGCUAUGUCCUCUGUCUUGUUUUUUUUAUAUAUAUUUUUUAUAUUUAAACAUUUUUAUAGUGAACAGUAGUUUUAAAGAUGUUUUAAGAGUCUUUGUCUUUGAUGCCUGUUUUGUUUAAAGUAACCACUUAUGGUGUAGCAAAGAUCACUCUCCCAUUUCCCACAGCCUGAAGGCAACAUGUUCAUAAAAAACGUCAAGAGAUUUGAACAUUUGCUUAGAAAGUAAUUUGAUGUGAAUGUAUAUGCGUUAUAGUGCAUAGUACAUGUCUGUCUUGAUAAUCCUUUUUUUAGUAUUUUUCAUGUUCCUCCUAUCUGUGAGAACAAUCUUAACUGGGCAAAACAACUUCCCUCAGGGAUUAAUACAGUUUUUUGAAUCUUGAAAAUGCUAAGCUUGUUUGGCUGAGGUCUGAAGCUUCACACAGGUUGAAAUGAUCUGAAAAUCUCAGAAUUAAUUAUUUGUCACGAUCAAAAGUCUUUUCAUUCAUUCUUUUGUUUUUAGAAAGUGAAUGAAAUUUGCAAUUAAAAGAAUCAUUAAGUUUCUAUGUAUGCAACAAAAAAUGUUGGGGGUCAUCUGACACCUCAUUUUUGGGGUUUUUUGGACACGUCUGCUUCAGUGCAACCGUUACUUACUGAUUUGAAGAUGGACAGACUUUUAGCAGGGUCCCAGGAGCAGAGAGGAGACAGAGGCGUGAGCCCCGACA